CGACUUGUACGCGAGAUCGAGAUAGGAUAACUUUAAAAACCGUUGCGUACAAAAUCAACGAGGCCAAAGUACGAUGAAUUAAAAGGCCAAGAAUGAAUUCCGUUUUAUAUUGGAUUUAUUAACCAGGACAACCGACUACAAGGAUAUAAACGAGGAUUUUACACCACUGGGAGCUCCAACAACACAGGCAAAAUGGACCCCCGAAGCAGGGAAGAGGAUAGAAUGAGGUUAAAGCAGGCGAUUCAGGAUUGGAAUGCUACUCGAAUGGACCUGUUCGAAAUUUCAGAUCCUGAUAUGAAUCUGGAAUUUCAUGGAGUGAUGCGGUUCUUUUUCCAAGACGCAACUGAUGGAUCAUCAAACUCCAAGUGCAUCAGAGUGUCUAGCACGGCCAGCACUCGAGAUGUUGUCAACACCCUCAUUGAGAAGUUUCACCCUGACAUGCGUAUGCUGUCUAUUCCAGAUUAUGCACUGUUUGAACUGCAGAGGGACCAGGAUGAUCGUCAGCUGCAGGAUGAGGAAAGGCCAUUAUAUGUGCAGCUCAACUGGACCAAAGAUCUGAAGGAGGGACGAUUUCUACUCAGACAGGUCAAUGACCCGACAAAGCUUGAAUUCUACGCUAAAGAUGGUAAAGUUCAGAACUUUGAUAAGAACACACCCAAGCGUCUAUCAAAGAGAGAGAAGAAGGAACUGAAGAAAGAGAGGAAAGCAGCCCAACUCAGGGGUGAGGUGAAAGCUUACGAUAAAGUCAGUUCUUCAAACUUCACCAGGACUAUCUCAAACCCAGAGAAUGUGCUCAAGAGAAAACGUCAACAGAAGCAAGAUCAGCUGGAGAAGUUCAAACACAGACCAGAAUCAGGUGGAGCCUUUAAGGUUUAUGCCCAUACCACAUUUCCAGAAGUACCAUACAAGACUCUGCUUAUUUCCAUAAACACCAAUGCUUCAGAGAUUGUCAGGGAGAGUCUGGAUAAGUUUGGAGCAAUGAAAGCCAACCCCGCAGACUACUGCCUAGCAAAGGUUGUAGUACCACCGGGUUGUAGCAUUGAUGAUUAUGGGAAAGAGAACUUCCAAGAAGCCAUCUUGGAUGAAGAUGAAUACCCUAUGGAUGCUGUCCUGAGAUGGCCUGAGAGCAGAGGUGAACUUCACUUUGAAUUGAAGAGGAAGCCAUCAGAUCACGUUCCUCGUCUCAAGAGACCUGGCAAGAACAAGAUGGAAGAGAGUUUUCAGGAUCCCAACAGCAUCCCUCUGGAGAGAUUGCCAUACUUCCUAGAACUCAAUAAUGAUGGUACAGAUAUCAUUGACUAUAAACCCAAACACUACAGACUCCAGAGUGAUGUCACAGAGGUUGGCAGUCAGCGUGACCCUCCUGGCUCUGGACCUUAUUUACAGUUUGUAGCACCGGACAUCCUUCCACGGCACUGCGUGGUAGCCAAGAUGGAAGGGGUGGUCACUUUGACGCCCUCGUGUGCCGAGGCAGAGAUCUAUGUGGUCGGUGAACGGAUCUACGAGACCACCAUCCUCCAGCAUGGGGCCGUGGUGCAGUUUGGACGGCAGUACACUUUCAGAUUCUGUGAUCCACAAGUGGAAGACCCGGACUGGGAGGAUAGGAACAAAUCCCACGUUGAGACGACGUUUGAUGCUGACGGUAGCAUCGAGACUUACGGAGGCAAGCAGGAAAAGAUCAUCAACCGUACCCCUGCACAGAGUUAUGAGACCACAUUCGAUGCCUCCGGCCAAGUAGCCACCCAUACAGGGCGGCAUCCGCAGGUUCCUGAUCCAAACACUGAAGUUCUGCCACUUAGCUUAGAGUUUAGAGACACAGGUGAGGACACCUUCUUUGAUGUGGUAGUCCGACAGGUGAACGGAGCCCAGAUCUACUUCAAGCUUGCCCCGACAUACGCCCUUUACCUGGCAUGCCGCUAUCGUCUCUCUAAGCUCUACCGCCCUGAGAUGGGUCCGACAGAGAGGGCUCAGAGGCUUUCCGCCUUCCUCAACAAAAUGGCCGACAUCAUCGACAGGACAGUUGAAGAGGAAUCCCAAGUAGCCGGUGCCUUGACCUUCUGGUUAGCCAAUGUCUCUGAGCUCCUUCACUUCUUCAUGGCUGAUCGGGACAUUGGUGGUAUCUCACAGGAUGCCCAGGAUAUCCUUCAUACGUGUGUGCAGAAUACCUUCAGGCAUCUUGUGAGAGCCAUGCAACUAGAACUCAACAAGAACCUCUCCGCAUUCCUUGACCCAAGCGAUGAAGCUGAUGUUGAAAAAGAUCUCAUCGCUGACGAGGAUGCAAAGAGUGUUGAGAACGGUCGAUGGAUGAGACCCCCUUCACGAAGCCCUAUGAGUGGCCGCCCAACAAUAGGUGAUGUCCUCCAGAUCCUGUCCUCAGCCAUGACCCUCCUGCGGGUUUGCCGGGUCAACGCCGCCCUCACCAUCCAGCUCUUCUCGCAGCUCUUCCACUUCAUCAGCGCCAGUCUCUUCAACCGUCUGGUCUCCUCCCCCCGUCACGCCGGUCUCUGCACCCAGGACUGGGGUGACAGGUUGAUGAGACGUCUCUCUAGGGUGGUUGCCUGGGCCGAGAAGCAGGGGCUUGAGGUCGCAGCCGACACCCACCUUCAGAAACUCAAACAGGCCCUGGACCUGUUGAUCGCACCAAAGGAGAAUUCUAACCAGCUCAACUCUGCCAUUAACAAUAGCUGGAUGCUGAACUCUCGUCAGAUGAAAGCCAUCCUUGAUAACUAUGUCCCUCCUAAGGGUGCCAUCCAGAUCCCACCAGAAGCCAUUGCUAAGGCCACCGCCAUGGCAGCAUCCCAGGAUGAGCUCCAAGCCCAGCGUGAGGGUCAUCCCAUCCUGAUUGAGGAGGAGAGAGAACUAAGGGUACCAGCCUUCCUACCUGAUGAUGGCUACUCCAGUGAUAUCAUCAAGGGCAUUCCUAACGGUCUUAGGGAGUUCUUCAAUCCGCUCAUACAAGCUGCUCUUGUGCGUUUGACCCCUCACCCAAAGGCCAACGGUACGUGGACUGUGUAUAUGUAUGGCAAUCAACCAUCCAUCCUAGAUUCUCCAGGUCCACCAUCGCCUCAGUCACCAACCUCCCCACAACCAGGCUCUGCCCCGCACCUUGAGCCUCAAGUUAAACCUGAUGCUAAGCCAGCUGGUAAGGAGCCAGAGGUUGUUACCAUAGAACUUAACAAACACGGAAAGCCAGGCAUGGGACUGAGCAUCAUUGCAGCUACCGGAGCUGGUCAAGAAAAGAUUGGUAUCUACGUCAAAGCAGUUGUGCCAGGAUCGGCUGCUGAUAAGGAUGGCAGAGUGAAGGCUGGUGAUCAAAUUCUUGCUGUGGAUGGGAACAGUUUACUUGGCCUGGAUCAGGAUGCAGCUGCCCAGUUUCUGGUCAAGUCUGGACAGAUCGUUGAGAUGACCAUAGCCAAGCAAGGUGCCAUUUUCCAUGGUUUGGCUCAGAUUCUUAGCCAGGCAACACCCCCACAGCAAAGAGCUUACAAAGGAGAACCCCGUCAGCCCCGCCCUGUCAGUGAAGACUUAUCAGGGCGCUCUGGUACCCUUCCCCCUGGUAUGGGUGCCCCUAGGGAGUCUGUUGAUCCUAGGGACAUCGCCACCAUGCCUAGGGGUAUGAUUGGCGUGCCCCUUGUGGGCCUCAGAGAGGCCGAUAAGGCCAAGUCGUCCCCCAAUCUCGCUGAGGAUCGACCACCAGAAAGAGGUAACUACAUGCCAAUGACAAGCAAUAACGGUAGAGAUGACUACUCCCGCCAUGGCUCUGUUGGCAUGAGGCCUGAACCAAGGAGCCGUAUGGAGGCAACCCCUACUCCACCAAUUUCCCAAAGGUCCAAGUCUGUAUCUCACCUUGACCCAGAACCGAUGGAACACGAAUCCCAGAGACCAGUGAAGUCCACUGUGGACCUUUCUCAAAAGAGAGAUGAGCAGCCAUACAGAGGUCAUGCUCCCAGAGAGGAACCACCCUUCAGGAGGGAGGAGGAUCCACACAUGCGUCCUGGAAUGCCUGACAAAUCACUUGAAAGUUUUGAAGAGGAGCCCUACAGAAGGCAGCCAGGAUCCAGACCAGGUGAUCCGAGAAGGGAGUCUCCAGACCCUCGAGGUCCUAUUCCCCAACAAAGGCCUGGUCAGAUGAGACCUAACCCUCAACCACGCCAAGUUCAACAGCAGAUGCAGCAUCUGCAGCAGCGGCAGAGAGGACCAUCCCCCCAGCAUCCAGGACAGUAUCCUCCAGGUCAAAUGGGUCCCAGAGGCCCUCAACAAAGAAUGCCAAUGCCGCAGUCAAGGUUUCCACCUGGUCAGCAACCGGGCAUGGGACCAAGAGGACCACCACCUCAACAGCGCAUGCCGGAUGGAGCUAUGCAGCAGCAACAGCCACCCAACAGAUAUGGCCCUCCACCUGGGGUGUUCAGGAUUGGGCCUCAAGGAGAAAUACAGAGGCCAGCACCACCGCAAGACUCUAGAGAUAAUUAUGGCAUGCCACCACGCCAGAGGAAUUAUAGUCAAGGGGAUAUGAUUGAUGACCCUCCAGAGCCCAGGGCGAGGGUUUACAGUGAAGGGAACACAUUAAGGGGGCCUGAUCAUCCAAAUGGACCCCAACCAGCACCCAGAACGAUUAGGGAGGAUCAAUCUAGGCAAUAUGCUCCUAGUGGUCCACAAAGUGAUGAUUUACCUCCACCUCCGCCACUAGAUCAUUCAGCUUCCCAAAUGCAAGAUAAUAAUGACCUCCCUCCACCACCACCUCAAAAUAUGGACGAGGAGGAGGAAUACCGUCGAUGGCAGGAAGAGAGAGCCAACAGAAUGGGAGGAGACCCAUCGAGACAGUCACCAAACUCUGGUUUCGCUUCUCUUCCUCGUCAGGGGCGUAUUAACAGAUCGUCAUCCCUUACUCGUGAUACACUUCCAGUGGGAAGUGAAAGUCAGCCAACUCCACCUCAGCAGAAGCCUCCCCUGGGUCCAAAACCUGUUCCUCCUCCCAUGCCUCCCGAGAGGACCAAUGCUUCAGCUGAGGCAGCUCGAGGAUCCUUGGAAAGGAGACCUCCUAAUUCCGCUCCAGGCAUGAAUCCUACAGGUUCUGCAUCUCUCUCGUCAAAAAGCUCUCCCUGGGAUAGAGAGGAGAAAGAACGUCAAGAGAAGCGACUUGAAGAACAGGUUAGACUGAUGAGAGAUGAUGAAAUUGAGUAUUUGUCUUCUUUGCCUUCACUUACUCCUGUUCAACAAGAAAGAUUGAAUAAGAUGAAACUUGACCAGCAGUUCCAGCAACGCCUUGAAGAAUCCAUGAUGGACAAUGAAGAUGAUGAUGAGGAAGAUGAUUUAACAAAGAAACCAGAGUUCCAGAAUCAAAUGGCAAUGGCAAAUCGAAGUGCUGAGAUCGCUGCACAAAAAGCAAGAGAACAGCAGCUUGAAAGAGAAAGACAAGAAGAAAGGGAAAAUGAUAUGAGAAGAAAGCAGGAAAUGAGAGUUCAGGAACUGCAAAUGCAACGGCAGCAAGAACGUCAGAGAGAAAUAGAAAUGCAGAGACAACAGGAGCUUCAAAGGCAACAAGAAUUCCAGAGAAAACAAGAGAUGCAGCGCCAGCAAGAAGUCCAAAGGCAGCAAGAGCUAAGGGAACAAGAGUUGAGGCAGCAAGAAAUGCAAAGACAGAAGGAAGCUCAAAGGCAACAAGAAUUACAAAGACAGCAAGAAAUGCAAAGACAGCAGGAACUGCAGAGGCAAGAGGAAAUGCGGAGAAAAGAGGAUAUGCGAAGGCAAGAGGAAAUGCGGAGACAAGAGGAAAUAAGAAGGCAAGAAGAGAUGCGGAGACAAGAGGAAAUGCGAAGACAGGCGGAAAUGCGUAGACAGGAAGAAAUGCAGAGACAACAAGAAGAGCAAAGGCAGCAACAGUUGCAGCGGCAAGAGGAAGAGAGACAAAGACAGUUAGAGGCUGACAGAAGGGCACAACAACAGCACGAAGAAACAAAUGCUCAGCUGGAGUUGAAAAAACUACAGGAAGAACGGGCAAAAUGGAUUAAAGAACAGGAAGAACUAAGACGCCAAGCAGAGGAGGAGCGCAGGAAAUAUGAGGAGAUGAAAAGAUUACGAGAGCAAGAGGAAGAAAUGCAGCGAAGGCACCAGCAACAGCGCAUGGAGUUUGAGAAACGGGCAGCUGAACUGGAAGAGGAGAGAAGGCGUUUGGAGGAGAUGUCGUUUGAUGACCCACCCCGCCAAAUGAAUGAUAUGAACGCUUCCGUGUCACGACCGGGUCAGACUGGCAUGGUCCAUGCUACUGUUAGUGCAGGCUACGUCCCAGGACCGAAUAAACCUUAUGUCCAAGCAGCACCACCUGAAAGGCCGCCAACAGAUGGAUACAGUACCACAGAUGCGAAUUUCCUCAACAAACCGAAACCAUUCAAGAAGGUUCCCCCUCCCGUAGCUCCCAAACGAGUCACAUUCCGACCUGGACAGCGACCAAGUACAUCUGUGGAUCCACUCAAUAAUCUUGGAUCAGCAGGUGACCGAGGGUCCAUCAGUUCCCAACAGAGUAUAAGUUCUAAUAACUCCGGUGGUACACCAGCGCCACCGCCCCAGCAGUCAAGCUUUGGCAACGGCUACACCAACAACUUCCACACAGCUCCCAUGAAUGACUACAUGCACAAUCACAAUCCAGCACCUCCACCACCACCUCCAGCCUCUGUAAACAAUACCCUGGGAUACAGCACACCACCACAGAAUGGUCCACCACCUGUCUAUCGCACUGGGGACACCCCUGGGGUGAUAGGUGCUCAAGAAGUCUACAAUGACCCAAGAGAUAAGAGACUAGCCAAGCAACAGUUGCAGCCCAAGAAUGUCUCACCGGACAUGAAAAACAUGUCCUUUAGGGAUAAGAUGAAACUCUUCUCGGAAUCGACGCCAAAUGAAAAGCCGAAAACCUCAAAGUGGGAAAGGGAGUUCCUUGCAAUGAAUCCAAGCCUUCACACCCCAUAGUAACACAGGACUGGAAUGUAAUUUAGUUAUUGAAUAUGAACUCAUUCUUGUGGUAAAGCUGAACUUCGUACUUGGUCUACAUGAACAUUACAUCUAUGCAAAGCAGACAUUGUCAAAACUUCAGCAUGUAUGUUUUUUUGCUUGAAAGAUCUGCUAAAUAUGAAAUGAAGGGAGUGCUGAUAAUCAGCCCAAUGAUGAGGUUUUAAACAAUUUUUUAAUUCAUAUUUUUAGUGCUUAAACCUCUGAUGAUAGUUGUAUUAAAUUGACGACAUUGAGCUUGUUUUCUAAAAUGUUUAAAUUAAGAAGACACUUAACACCAUUUAUAACGACACAAAACUUAAUUGAAUAUCUUCCUCUCUGAAAUCAGCACACUGCUUUUUUCUUCGGAUGACUGUUCUAUUAUAUACGAGAGAGGCAAACUCUCUCAGUGUGUAGAAGACAUUUCUUUCUCGUGUUGUAGCAUUUGUACUAUCGUGAUUAUGUUGCGGAAUUUAUUGUGGCUUUGUUUUGUUUUGUAUUGUUUUUGCCACUUUGCAGACUGCUUUACACUGUUGUAGAUUUGAUUUCUUAAUUUACUGGUUAAUGACUUCAUUUCUGC